UCUAAUUAGUCCGGUGAGCCGGGGGUGUGAAUGGCCUGGCGCUUAUCUUUAUUACAACGGCCUAAUCUUUAUUGAUGAGCUUGCUAGACAUGAUCAAACAUAGCCCCUCAUAUAGUAACACAAGGUAGCAAUGGAGGGCAUUUUCGGGUGCAUUCGACACCACCUUGAUUUAGUUUUACUUCAAAGUUCAAGCAGCAUGGUCGUUGAAACAAAAAGAGGCAGUUGGUCUCAGUAUCGCAAUGAAUACAUUGCUGCGCUGACUGCCACACUAUCCCUCGUGGCAACAGUAGCUGCAGCAGGCUGGUCAUCUCCAGCAAUUCCUGCACUGAAGCGCGAAGAUUCACCAGUUCCUAUCACUGCAGAUCAAGGAUCUUGGAUAGUGUCCAUACUUUCGAUUGGUUCAUUUUUCGGCCCCAUCAUUACCGGAUUAGUCGUCGAUGUUCACGGUCGAAAACUUACUCUGCUGCUGUCGGUGAUUCCACUCCUAGUUGGAUGGAUCAUCAUCGGACUCGCUAGCAAUGUGCCAAUGAUUUACCUUGCACGUUUCCUCCAGGGAAUCUCGUAUGGAACCGUAUACUCGGUAACUCCAAUAUAUUUGGGGGAGAUAUCCUCCAAUGCUAUUCGUGGAUCAACAGGAAUACUUGUAACAGUGAUGGCAAAACUAGCAUUUCUUCUUGAAUACAGCAUUGGACCAUUCGUUACAUUUAGAGCGCUUUCCUGGAUAUCUCUUUGCUUCCCCAUAGCAUUCUUAGCUACGUUCUUGUGGAUGCCUGAAACGCCGUAUUACCUUCUUGCUCAAGGCAAUGACAAAGCAGCCAUGAAUAGUUUACGGUGGUUGCGUCGAUUAGAUGAUAAUUCAAUCGAGCUAAAUAAGGAGUUCCAACAGAUGAAGUCACUCAUAGAGAAGCAAAAACAGAAUCAAACUUCAAUGGGAGCCUUGUUUUCUAAAUCUAAUCGAAAGUGCUUGGUGAUCAUACUGUUACUUUCAUGUGGAAUGCAGCUGACCGGAAUCAAUGCUAUUCUGGGAUAUUCGCAAACCAUCUUCUCGAAAUUGGAUAUGAACUUGAAUGCUGCUGAACUAUCGAUUAUCAUGGCGGUCGUGCAACUGAUUGCUGUAAUAAUUCCAACCUUCGUAGUAGACAAAGCUGGACGUCGACCACUGCUAUUCAUCUCCAGUGGUGGAUCAGUUUUGGGAUUGGUCACGUGUAGUGUCUUCUUCACCAUGGAUACCCUCGGGUAUCCCGUUGAAGAGUUCAGCUGGGUUCCGUUCGUAGGCACCCUAUUUUUCAUCAUCUCGUUUGCCGUCGGUCUGGCAACGGUGCCGUUCGCCAUACUGGGUGAAGUGUUUCCCAAGCACAUCAAGGCGAACGCAAACGCUGUAUUUGCCAUGAUAACUUCGGUGGUUGUUUUUGUCGUGGUGAAGUUAUUCCAGGUCAUUUCCGACGGGGCAGGGACGUACGUGUCGUUUUGGAUUUUCAGCUUGUGUACCACGUGUACGGGGGUGCUGAUAUAUUUCUUCAUACCGGAAACCAAGGGAAAGUCGUUCGAGGUUAUUCAGGAAAUGAUGGCAAUGAAAGAGUUAAAAUCGCAGAGUACAAAGAGAACACCGCUGUUAUGUUGAUGAAUAAACAAAUAGUUCAAAUUUUAUAAGGCUGAAAUUUUGUUUUUAUGGUUCCGAAUAACAUUAAGACGGUCAUUGCAUGCUGUGAAAUGUUUUUUUUUGUAUUAUUGAAUAAUUAAAUAAUAAUACAUUUUAUUAAUUACACCGAUAAACAACAUUUCUGCGCAGGUUCAACUCAAAGGGAAGCAUGAACUUUGGAAUCCCCAGAAACACUGGCAAUUUGAAUUUUUCAAAAUUAUUUAGACAGGGCCAAACGGUUAUCUCCUACUAACCACCCUAAUUCUCCAUACAAAAUUUGGAGAAAAACCAUUUGGCCCUGUCUAAAUAUUUUUUAAGAAUUCAAUGUGCACGUGUUUCUGGGGACCCUAAAGUUCAUGCUUCCCCUCGAGUUAAGCCAGCGCAGUCAACUAAAAACUAAAAUUUUAAAAAUAAAAAAAGAGGUGAAAUUGUUUCCUGAAUGUUUUUAUUUGAUUUUAUUAAUGAUUGUAACAUUAAAUUUCUACACAUUUAAAAAAAAUAUAGAUGAAAAAAAACUAAAUUUUUAAAAAC